AUGGCAGCGAAUCUACCGACCACGAUGAAGGCGCUCGUUAUUGGCGGCUCGUCGAAAGGCGCCAUGGUCGACAGCCACCGCAAAGUGCCCACGCCGCAGAACGACCAGCUUCUGGUCAAGACGGUCGCCGUGGCGCUGAACCCGACAGACUGGCGCGGCGUGACGGGUGGUCGUGGCAAACCGGGCUGCAUCGUCGGCUGCGACUACGCGGGCGUGGUUGUAGCCGUGGGCGACGGGGCGGGCCGCGGCAAAAACUGGAAGGUUGGUGACCGUGUGUACGGCACGGGCCACGGGUCCAACCCUGUGAACCCGGACGGCGGGGUGUUUGCCGAGUACGCUGCGGUGUUGGCCGAUUUUCAGAUGCGGCUCUCAGACGCUGCGGGCGAGCUGGGAUUCGAAGGCGCGUCAACAAUUGCGUUGGGCGCCAUGACUGUCGGCCAGGGCCUGUUCCAAAAGGCGCUGCACCUCGAGCUGCCCGACAUCCAAACGGCCGCCAACCCGCCGGCCCGAGACACGCCGGUCCUCAUCUACGGUGGCAGUACGGCAACGGGGGCCCUGGGCAUCCAGUUUGCCCGCCGUGCCGGCUAUACUGUGAUUACGACGUGCUCGCCGGCCAACUUUGACUACGUCAGGAGCCUCGGCGCCAGCCACGUGUUGGACUACCACGAUGCUGACGCGGGCAAGACGAUCCGGGAGCUGACCAACAACAAACUGUACCAUGCCUGGGACACCGUGAGUGUGGCGCAGUCGGCGCAGAUUUGCGCCGACGCUUUGUCGACGGACACCACCCAACAGACGCCCAAGUAUGGCAGCAUCCUGACAGCGACCUGCCCCCGCGACGACGUCCAGAGCACCUUUACGAUCAUGUACACGGGACUGGGCAAGGCAUUCCAGUUUGGCUCGCAGACGCUGCCGGCAGACGCCGAGGACGCGGCCUUUUCCAAGAUGUUUUGUGCACUGACGGAGCAGCUGGUGGCAGCCGGCCUGGUCAAGCCGCAUACAUACCGCGUUGAAAAGGGCGGCCUGGAAGGAAUUACCGACGGGCUGGCCAGGCUACAGCAGGGAAAGGUCAGGGCCGAGAAGCUGGUUUACCGGCUGGAGGAUUAA